AUGGCUGCGAAAGACCCGGUCGAGAGUUUAACCGAGGAGGCAACAGAGAAGAAAAGUAAACUUCAGUGCGAGAAACAUCAGGAAGAACUGAAGCUGUUUUGUGAAACGGACAAGAAGCUGAUCUGUUUGGUUUGUGCAGCUGGGCGGGAACACAAGUCUCACAGCUUCAUGCCGCUAGAUGAAGCUGUUGAAAUGUACAAGGGUCAGGUGAAAUCUACCUUCGAAUCUCUCACAGAAAAGGAAUCAGACAUCCAGGAAGAGGAGCAGGAACAGAAAGACAACAUUUGUGAAGUUCAGGAAGAGUCACACAACCUUCAGUCACAGGUCACACACAAGGAUGGCGUGAUAUUUCUGAAGGAGGAAGCUGGUCGCAAGAGCAGGGUUAGUGAUGAAACCAAAACAAUGUUGGUGGUAGAUGGCGCGUUGCCCAUUGAAAAGUUUGAUCGCACCUUUUUCUACAACAUGGCAUUGAGAGAAACAUCUGAUAUCAUCAACCGAGUCUCCGUCACCCUGGAUGUGGAAACAGCGCAUGCGUGGCUCGAGGUGUCUGAGGAUCGGAAGAGGGUGAGAUGGACCGGGACCGUGAGGAGUCUCCCUGACACCGGGAAGAGGUUUACAGUGUAUGGGUGUGUGCUGGGAUCGGAGGGAUUCACAUCGGGGAGACAUUACUGGGAGGUGGAGGUGGCGGGGAGUCGGGACUGGAGUCUGGGAGUCGCCGCAGAGUCUGUGGAGAGGAAGGGAGAUGACGACCUGACCCCGGAGACUGGAGUCUGGAGCAUCAGGCGGUGGGUUGGCGGGUUUGUUGCAUUCACCUCCCCUCGAUCCCCUCUCCCCGCCCGUCCCAUCCCCGGGAGGGUGGGAGUUUAUCUCAGUUACGAGUCCGGGACAGUUUCAUUUUACGACGCGGACACCAAGUCCCAUCUCCACACCUUCACUGGGAAUAAAUUCACGGAGAAACUUUAUCCUUUCUUCUGGCCUUGGGAUAACCAGAGGUUUUGUCUAAGGAAUCCUAGUGUCCGGUUGGCUUUAGUGGCCGUGUUGUCCAUGUGUUCCCUCCACGAAAUUUUGCCAUCAAGAUGA